GCAGAUGAGAUUGCAUUAAAAAGUGGUAGAAAACCACCAAAAUGUUCAUUAGAAGCACCACCAUCCAAUGAAACUACUUUGUUAAUUAUUGGUGGAGGUGCUACUGGAAAUGCAGCUGCAGAAAAAGCUCAUAAUGAUGGAUUCACUGGUAAAAUUAUUAUAGUAAGCCAUGAAAGUUAUCUUCCAAUAGAUAGACCAAAAUUAAGUAAAGCACUUGGAAUGAAUGUUGAGAAAAUAACUCUUUGA